UUGUCGCUAUGGCUGCGGAGGACGCAUAGGUAAUCCUAUUGCUAUAAGAAGCUAGAAAAGUGCUCGGUUCACGUUAACUUUAUAUGUAAUAAUCAGUCACGACGACACCAAUGGAGGCAGAACCACAUUUCAUGUAAUCUGAAGCAAAGACUGAAACCAGAUUCCACACUGUAUAGCAAGCGUCCAAAGAAGACUGCUCGAUGUAUCACAAAGAAAAGAGCAUCCAGAUAAAAAACAGUGCAUCAGCGCUGUACAACAACCUCGGCGUGCUGCGCAUCGCCCCGAGGCGUCUCACCUACUUCACGGUGGUCCAUGCUAAUGUGGUCAACAUGAUCAGCGCGUCCUGGGACGGACUCAACUACUCCCACCGUCAGCUGCAGUCCAAGGAGCCGAAUGUGGCCACGAGCACAUCUCUCAUAAUGCAGGCUGCAUUUUGUGCUCUGCCCUCUCGUGAUCUGCUGGUGGUGACCUCUCAGAAGGGCAUCCAGAUGUAUGAAUCUGAUGGCUCCAUCAUGGUGUACUGGCAUGCACUGGAUACUCCAGAAACACCUACAGAACAGGCAGUGUUUGCUCGAGGGAUAUCAGCAGUGUGGGAGAAUUAUAUAUGUGUGGGUGUGUCAUCGGGUGCAAUUCUAGUAUUUGAUGUUCCCAGUAAGGGAAGUAAUAUUACCCUGUCUGAGGUCCUGGAGGAGCACAAGGAGUCCAUCACUGAUAUGGCCUCAGAAUGUUCUGGCAGCCAGGAGUGCAUAGCUAAUCUGGUCACUGCAGAUGAUGAGGGCAACCUGUGUGUGUGGAAGUCCGGGGAGGAAUUCCAGCUGCUCAACAAGAUCCCUGGUUUUGACAUGAGCUGCUCAUCUGUCAAGCUGUGGAAAGGUACAGUGGUGGCAGGUUACGGUACAGGCCAGAUCCGUCUCUAUGAGGCAGUGACGGGAAUUCUGCAUGCUGAGGUCAAUGCUCAUGCUCGCUGGAUAUACUCGCUGGACAUUGCUCCCUUUUCUGGACUGCUUCUCUCUGCUGCUGAAGACUCUCUAGUCAGGGUGUGGCACCUGACUAUGACCCCAGAGACCAACAGUGUGGAGGUGGCACACUUGCAUAAUGAAUGUGUGACGGAUACACAGAUCUGUGGCGCCAAGUUCUGUGAUGGUGAUGGCUACGCCUUUGCAGUGACAGGCUAUGAUCUGAGUGAGAUUAUCCGCUACGUACAGUCAUAGGAUUUUGCUUCAGUGAGGCUACGUUUUUGAAUGCGAAUUUGAUAUAUUAGUUUUGGUACCUUUGGUAUGUUGAACAUAGCCUUUUAUUUUGGGAAAAGCAUUUCAUGUAAUUUUUGUGUCUAUAUUUCUAUAAAUUAGAGCGAAAUUAACAUAUGACUAAAUUCUGCAAAAGUGUUAAAAGUUUAUGUGUGUAUUUCAAGUAUAAAUUUAUGUGGAAAUAGCUUUUAAAAACACAAGACAUAAUUACUGUUCCACACAACUGCUCCAGUAAACAUUUUAUAGAGAAAGCUUGCGUUUAGGUUUUAAUUUUGCAUUUCACAAAUGCGUCAGUAGAUGGGGCUGUGGGUUAAAUGUUUUUAGCAAGAUGAAUACAGUGUAGCACAAACAGAUUUCACUAGAGGGCAGGAUGGAGCUGCCUAAAGGGUUAUGGACUGAAACGUUUUUCGAAAAACUUGCACUGGGACUGUGUGCAGACCACAGGCAGGUUGUGUCAGCCAGUACACAGGAACACAUCACUGAAGGAAGGUCAAAUUUUUCCCCUGCAUCAUAUUAUGAAAUGUCUUAAGUGAGCUUCUAUGCUCUUCUCUUUCUGCUAAAUUCACAGUCUAAUAUGUGACAGCUCAGUCUGUCACAUAUUAUGUUGUUUAACAUGACUUUUGCCGUGCAAUACAUCUAGAUUUGAGUAUAUCUAAUUUUUGUAAUGAUAUCUAGGAUGUAUUUGUUAUUCAUGAUUUCUGGUUGCAUCUUAUUUUUUGUAGUUUACAAGCAUUUAGAUUUGGUGAAAAGAGGGAUUCAGUGUGGUUACUGUGGAAAUUACAUAAACCUUUACUGGAAACAAAUUCAACCCUACUCCCCUUUGUACUGUGCAAGCUGAUGCAAGACAAAGCAUCACAAAGUACAAAAUACACAUUGUUUUCUCGGAUUUGAGAUGAGCUGAAUUUGCCCUUACUGAAAACAAAUCUUGCCACCUUAGCUGCACUGGUGUUGCACUUGGUCUCACUUAUCACAGGUCACAUGAGUGUUUUUAGUUCACGUCAGGCAAUCAGGUAUCAUAGUCCCACCUUAUCGUGACAAGAUAAGAAGAAUCAGGUCAGUGAGGAAUUGUGUGCUAUUUGUCAGACUCAGUGCGUAUUAAAUCUCUUAGUUCUAGUCUUUUCUGGUUUGCAGUCAACACUGGUCACAUAACAUCAGCUGACAAGACUGUUUUGAACCCACACACGGCAUGUUAUGUAACUUAAAUUUGGUAGGUACCAACUGACAGUCAUGUUAAUGACUUGGACGGAUCAAAUGUAAAGCCUUACAGGGAAUUGAAGGCAUGUAGUCUUUAAGGAAUCGAUCUUUUUGACAGUAUGACGUUGUGUCAUGCUUUCCAGCUGCAUGGAAGGGAUUGACUAACUACACUGGCAGGAGAGGGACAGUGAAGGACUCAACUGUCAAUAUGAGUUCCCAAAUGGACACUCAGAUUACAUAACUGACUGGAACAGUGCAGAGGGAGGGAAAGGUUGGUCAAAAGUGAUCCAUGAAACAAGCAAAGGGCCAUGAGAGAACAGGAGGUACAGUGGUGAACAAAAAAGGGCCAGUAAAGAAAGAGCAAAGGGUAGAAAGGAAGAAUAUGACAUCACUUUUCUCAGAAAAACAUGGAGACAAACAACAGCAGUCAUUUAUUGCUUGUUAACUGAGUCAAUAGUGCUGUGUGACUCUCUAGGCCCGUACACAGCCCCAGGGCCGCUCAUGCUGUGUACUGCCACAGUACUUGUCAAUAGUUGGCUCUUAGGUGUUACACACAGCUGAGCACACAAUGUUGGGGGAGAUCAGACCUCGACAUGAACCGUUCUCAGAUAUGAAUGUGAACUGCAUGUUGUGUAAAAUAAUAAAGGCAUGAGACCAACAUUCUCCCACUCAUAUUGCCCAGUAGACACUUGGAAAUCUUUUAUUAAUGAGAGUGACAAGACAAAAAUAGAUUCAGCAAGACCUUCAAUGAAAGACCCCAAUGUGUCACUUUAAUAAAAUCACAGAGAAGAACACUGACCAUAAUAUGCGUAAUACGUAUCCGCUCAGAGAAGUCAUCAUGUGAUGAUGAGGGCACUGACCUUUCAUACAGCUGUCCGGCUUUUCAGGUGUGUGUCAGAGACUCCCAUUCUUAAUAAUAAAUGUGAAUAACCAACAAGACUAGUUAGUCCAGUGCACAGCCCAAACUGCAUGGGUUUCGACCAAACCCGGUUUGUUAAAUAGCAACCCACAAUGCAUUUCAUACAGUUCAUCCAUCAAAGCUAGUUCUGACCUUAUACAGUAUGUUCGCAGGUGUGGUAAAUACCUGCCUCGCAUGAGUGGUUGUGUGAAUACCACAACAUAUCUUUUAAUCUGUUUGCUUGUUUAUUUCUUCAUUAUACUGGUGGAGAAAGAGCAAUUUAUCCCUUGCCCAUCCAGCCCUGUGGCAGCUGCCUAUGCCUGUGUUGCUAAGCCUGCAGGGAUAGAGCCUCACCAGGGGGAUGAGGAGCCCAAAGCCCCUCCAGCCUGCUGCCACAGACAGACCAGCUCUCUGAUGAAGCAAUCAGGAAACCAGCUCCCACAGACAUGCUGUAUAAAUAGAUCUUCCAUUUUAUGCACACUGAAAUGGAAAGGAGGGGAGUACUACAAACUGACAGAUCUGAGUAACUGCCACUGCUGACUGACAGACAUGCAGAUAGACAAGUAUGGCAUUAAGGCAGGCACACAUGGAGACAAACCAGAACUAGGUCAAAUAGCAUUUGCAAAGGAUAAACAAAUAGUCUUUGCAAGUCUGUUUUUUAUUGUAUAUUCUAUUUAGAUGCAGUACUAAGCAAAUUUUUAGUCACUUUAAAUAUGUAGAUUCUCACCAGUCAGAAAAUACCAUCAGGGAGAAAUCUGAUCGGUCCUAAAUUCAUUCUGCUACAUGAAAACAACCCGAGAUAUUCAGCCAUAUCUUCAAUAAAAAGAACAAGGAGUCAUACAACAGAUGGUGUGGCCCCCACAGAGUCCUGAUCAAGUCAGUCUGGGAUUACACGAAGAGGCAGAAGCACCUGACACAGCCUAAAUCCACAGACGAUCUGUGGCAAGUUGUCCAAGAUGCUUUUAACAACCUGCCUGCUGAGUACCUUCCCUACCGAAGUGACGCACUAGCGCACCUAUGAGAAUUGAUAGUUUCUAACACUUUUAAUUAUUUUUCAGUUUGCUGCACUUUAUAUGUGAUUAAUUUCUAAAAGUUGUUAUUGAAAUAGUUGUUACAUGCAGUACUGAUUACUACAUGUUUUAUUUACAUACCAAUGUAGCAAUAGGUAUUGAACUGCAGUGCUUUUUGGGCACUGAUUAAAAUAUCUCUGUACCACUGAAAAGCUGCUACCGUGUUGAGAAAACAACCAAAGCUGGCACUGAAUGACUGGUGGGGUUCUCAUUCUUGCUCACUUGUUCUGUGUGAGAUAUACCAAUGAACCACAACAUUAAAUACACACUUCUAGUA